AAUCGCGCCGUACCUUGUUGAUAUUUUCGCAAUAAAGUCGACGCAUUUAAUUUUGAUAUUUGCACACGUAUUUGGACAUGCGUCGACGUUUGUCGCAGAAAUGUUUUAUUUUUAUUUGGUUAUUAUUUAUUUGUCUGAUAAUGAAAUAUCAGAAUUUAACAAAUGCUUCGAGGUAUAGUUAUUUAUAUGAUACUUACGCAAGAUCUUCAUUCCGUAAAUCCAACUUACCAUCAAGGAGAGAUAUGCGAGUGAUCAGAGACAACACCAAUUUGCCGAGCGGACUCGAAGACGCUGAACCGGGGUUCGAUCUCACCGAAGAUGAAAUGAGGAAAUUUAAAAUAUGGCCACAAGGAAAUAUACCCUAUUAUAUUGAUGAUUUCUCUUUUGAUAAAGUACUCCGGGAUAGAAUUCGUAAUUACCUUGACCUUACAAACCGCGUAACUGGACUUCGAUUCAUGGAGCUGCCGAAACCACCGACCGAUGAGAAAACCAGAUGGGUGCUUUUUGUAAAUCGUCAAGGCUUGCUAAAUUGCGCAGAUCACUCUAUUAAAGAUUUCACUAACGAAGGAGUACAGAAAGUAAUUUUGGGAUAUGAUUGCUUAGUGACCGGCGGAGAACUAGCAGAAGCCAUACUUGCCUUAGCUGGGGUACCACCACAACAUAAUGCUCCUGACCGUAACGAAUACAUUACUGUAAACCAUGAAAAUAUUUUACCAGAAAAAUAUCAUUUGUUCAAAGCUGUCGAGGAUAAUGAAUGGUUAUUUCAUGAUAUACCUUACGACUAUAGUAGUGCUGGCCACUACUCAUUUCAUAAAUAUACCAAAAAUGGUUUUGCUACUGUAGAACUUAAGAAACAAAUUAAUAUUCUUCCCGGAGAAAGUAAAGGAUUCAGUUAUAAUGACAUUUGGAAAAUAAGGAUGCUUUACAAUUAUAAUUCAAGGAGGAAAGCUUAUUCUAUAAAAGCUUCCGAUUGUAUUAAGCUUUUUGAAUUUGGUGCUAAUUUUAGUAACUAUGAACCAAUGGUAGAAGAUACGAUUGAACCCAGAAAAAAGCCCAAUAAAUAUUUAGGGCUGGCUGAAGACAAACCUAUAGAAGAAAAUACAUUUGAUGAUAAGGAACCAGAAGCUAAUAAAGACUUGGAUACCGAUGAUAGUAAAGAUGAAAAUGAAGGAGAGAAACCAAAACCUGACGACGUUGAUGAUGAAAAAGAUAAUAAAACAGUAAAUGGUACAAAGAAAAAAUUAAUAAAAGAAAAUACUAUAAAGAAAUACUUAAAUAAAGUAAAUGAGGAAUCAAAUGAAGAAGAGGGAAACCAACAAAACCAAAUUAUACAACUAAAGCACGUUCUCAAAAAGUCAAGUGAUCCAUUCCGUGACAUUUCUGAUUUUGAAUCUUGGGAAACAACAAGAACUUUGCAAAGAAUAUUUACCAAGAUGAAAGGAUAAUACAAAAAUAAAAUGAUUGC